UAACAUCAAAUGUGUUGGCGAAGGAGAAUUUUCAAUCCUAUAUUCGGCCAUUUUUGAGGGGAAGAAAUAUGCAUUAAAAAGCCUAAAAAAUAACUUGACAUUUGAAUAUAAAACGUUCAAACAAUUUAUGCAUGAG